GACUUUGCGGUAAUGUAUCGACAUGCCUCUUGGCUACGAACGAAGCGUUUUCGACAGUACGAUUACGCAAAAGCGGUAGUGUAUGUAGAAUACUUUUCGACACCAAUAUGGCUAGACCCCCUGACCGUUAACUGUAGACUGUAGACUGUAGAGUGUAGAGUCUAGACGUGAAAACUGAAAUAUAUAUAAUUAGAUAUUAUUUACUUAAUAUAAUGAGUAAUGAUAAUAUUGAUGAAUAUAAUUUGUUAACAUCUAUAGAAAGUCGACAUCGAAAAGAAAGAAAAGAACUACAAAGCAAAAUCCAAGGAUUAAAAAAAGCUGCUAAAAAUGACAAGACAAGGAAGAAAGAACUAUCAGCCGAAAUUGCUAAAUUAGAAGCUGAGUUGGAGUCGAGACAAACUGUAGAACUAGAAGAACUCAAAAGAGAUGAUGUUAAUGAAGCUUCGUCUUUAUUAGAAGAUGAAAACAUUUGGCAAAAUAAAGAUAAUAAUAUUAAGUUAUCAAAAGCUCAGAAACGAAGAAAUAAAAAAAAUCAAGAAGAACAGGAAAGAGCCGAACAAAUUAAACUUCAAGAAAAAGAAAACCGACAUGGUCCAAGGAAUUUGGAAAUGCAAGCUAUAUUAGCAAGACUAAAAGAAAGACACCUUAAUAUUUUUACUGUCAGUUCAGAUGGUGAUUGCCUCUAUAAAGCUAUCGAACACCAACUAACACAUAAGAGAAACAUUACAGUCACUGUUGAUGAGCUGAGAAAAAAUGUGUGUAAUCACAUAAAAGAAAAUAAAGAUGAUUUUUUACCAUUUCUUACAAACCCAAAUACUUUUGAAAUGCUCACUAGUGAAGAAUUUGAAGAUUAUUGUGAAAAAAUUUGUAGCACUAAAGUAUGGGGUGGUCAAUUAGAGAUCCGAGCCUUAUCUAAUUGUCUAAAAUGCCCAAUCACUGUUAUCCAGGCAACAGGUCCAGAAACUAUUGAACAGGGUAAUGAUUAUGAAGGGCCACCUUUAAUAAUAACAUAUCACCGUCAUAUGUAUAGCUUAGGUGAACAUUAUAAUUCCACUGUGACAUUAGUUCAAGAUGAGAUAGAUAACCAAUAGCAGUUAACUAAAUGAAGACUAAAAUAGAUGAGUCCAUUAUGAGAUAUGUGACUCUUCUAUGACAAUUAUUAUGAAUGGCAUUAUUUGCUCACUAUUUUAGUUGAAGGCCAAAGGACUAUUUUUGUAGUUUAACCAACUGAAUUAUUUAGUAGGCAAUUUCAGCAGAAUUUUUCUAUAACCAUAUUUUCUUUAAGUAAUAUAUUAAGUUUUACAAGAACAAAAUGUUAAUUUUAAAUAUUUAUAUUACUGGUAUUUAAAAGCAGUUAACUUCAAAGAAUCAUUAUUUUAAAUAACAAGGAGUUAAAAGAAUAGUCAGCAUUAAAAAAUAAUCGUUCAUUCUAAGGACUGUAAAUAAAAUAUUUGUAUUGUU